CUUGACAGGACACCGGCCCAGGGCUCCGCCACUCGGUCCAACCCCGAGACCCCGUCUCUUCCUCCUCCUUUCUCCUUUGUCCUUGGUCCAUUUCCUUCUCCACUCUCCAGCAAGCCCUUUCAAAAAAAGAAUCUCCAACAAGCUUCGUUCGUCUCGGCGACGCGGCGGAGAAAUCCAGUUAAAUCUACUACGACUUCGGUUCCGGAGCUUCAAGCCAUCCAGGCCAAAAUGGGUUCAGCUGGGGAUGAGUUCACCCCACUGUCUCAGUUAGAAUAUGGAAUGGACAAAUGUAAAGUGCGGGUGCGCGUCUCACGGCUGUGGGAGUCCUUCAAUCCAAAAGAUGACACUUUGUUCGGCCUUGACUGCCUUCUGAUCGACGAUCAGGGUAAAACUAUGCAGGCGCGUGUAGAACCUGGCGAUAUAGAGCGGUUUGAAGAUCUGCUAGUUGAAGGGAAGGUCUAUGCCUUGUCGGAUUUUCAUGUUGAUUCGCAGAGGGACUACUAUAUGUCCUGUAGCAAUGAGUGGACUAUGUACAUUAGAAGGCAGACGGUGGUCACUGAGAUAGAAGGAGAUAUUGAUUCGAUACCCCUCCACAGCUUUGAGUUUGUUAAAUUUAAGGAUCUCCGUUAUAGGUGCGACGACAACAGCUUAUUGACUGAUGUUCUGGGUCACAUAGUAUAUGUUGGGGAGCUAGAGGAAGUCUCAAAAAAAUCACGCAUUAUAGAAAUUUGCAAUGCAAGAAUUCGGGAUUUGAGAGGAAGGGCACUGAGUGUGACACUGUUUGGAGAUGUUGCUUCUGGUUUUACUGAGGAUAUGCUCGAGAAAGGCCAAGACGCCUCAGUUGUUGCUGCCUUUGCAGGGAUGUCUGUUACUUCCUCAUCAUCAGUUUGCUCUACAACAUCUUCAAUGUACUAUCUGGAUUUGGAAAUACCAGAGGUGCAAGAAUUCCGUGCGAAUUUGCUCAUUCAGCAGGCAAACCCUGUUCCGUUAAAAACUCCAACUCAGAAGUUGGCUGAGAGUUGGCGAACAAUCGAACAGCUAAAAAGCCUCGAUCGAGAAGAGUAUGAUGAGGAUACCAUGUUUUUGUGCAGAGUCUCCCUGAUAGAUGUAGAUUGCACCAAUGGUUGGUGCUAUCUUGGAUGCGACACCUGCCAAAAGUCGAUGUCCAGGGCUCCAAGGAAAUACAGGUGUGCCCGAUGUGGCCCGAUGAUGCCAGUUCAGUGGUACAAGCUGAAGGCGAAGGUGCAGGAUGCUACCGGCGCAAUGAACCUGAUGAUCUUCUGUGAGGUGGCAGAGGAGCUGGUCGGUGUCUCCGCGGAGGAGCUCGUGAAUAAGAUCGAGGACGAUGAUGAGUGGUACAGCCUGCCAGACGAAAUCGAGGAUCUUAUUGGCUCAACGCACACCUUCCAGGUUUUCGACAAGCACAUGGACGGGAGCUUCUCGGUGAGGUCGAUCAUGGACGAUGCUAGCGUCCCAGCCCCUGCUGCAGCCGCUAGUCAAUGCAAGGAGGAGAAGGCUGACCCUGAGGGGAGCAAGAAGCCUAACAAGCGCCUGCGAGGGGACGACGACUCGAUCAACCUAGAUCUAGGGCUAUAGUGUAUCUAGGGUAAUGCAUCUGAAAGGAUCAGCCAAUGGAGCUUUCUGUUCUCCUUCUACCUGGGAACAACUGCAUCUACUGCUGUGAGUCACUGGAUCUAGUGUUAGUGCUGGGUAACAGACCAGAACCCGUUUAAUCCUUUUGAACAUUGUUUCCCUUGUUAUCAUGGUUGAUGGAAAAUGGGCUUAGCCCAUUUUGGUGACCAGAUGCUGUUCGUUGUAGAAUCAAUCGUGCAUGAGGCAAGUUUUCAGAUUUUCACCCAAA